GGACUUUGAACAAGUACAAUGAAGGAAGUUUGUUAAUAAAAAUUUCACCAAAGAUUAGAAGCAUAAUCAUCUAGAGGAAAUGCUGGUAGUAUGGCUCGAUGUGUAUGUUCAAAACUCUCUGCAGCAGAUAGUCUUACUCUAGGGGCUGUCCAGAUUAUGAUUGGCAUAUUUCAUGUUUUCAUGUGGUAUUUCCUAUUGAUUUUGUAUAUGGGACAAAUUAGAGGAGUCUUUGGGACAUAUGAACCUAUAACUUACAAAGCAGGAUGUUCUUUAUGGGGAGUUAUUUUUAUCAUUACAGGAGUCUCCAUAAUAAGAGCAGUAAGGCAUCAGACUCAAGGCGUGAUUACAUUUGCUUUUAUCAUGAACAUCUUCUGCAUAAUUGUUGCAGUUAUUGCAUCAAUUCUAACAGCAAUUGAGUUGUCUUCUUUUAAUUCCGUGUCAUAUAGGAAUUAUGGACAAGCAAAACUUGGAAGGGAAGUUUCACGGAUUUUACUGAUAUCUUACCCCUUGGAAUUUUCUAUUGCAUUAACUUACUCAAUCUUUGGCUGUAUUGAUUUGAAUCAUCAUGAUGAAGAUACUCUCACAGCUGUUACAGAGGAAGCUGAGAGCACUUUUUAAAAACCUUAGAAAUGUGAGAUUUCUCCUGGUGCUCAUACCUGACGUGGGCCCUAAUGAUAUCUCUGCAUAACAAGGCUGCUACAAAGCCCACAGAUUUUGUGCAAAAGAAAAUACAAACAAGUUGGAUUUUUCUUCUUGGUAUUUGAGAAAUUUCUCUGCACAUAUUUUUGUAGGCUCCAAGUAGAAAGCUUUUCCCUACUUAGAUAUAUUAUUACAAGGAGAAAUUUAUUUUCUAGGUACUCUGUACCUGUCAACUCUGUGUAACUCUAAAGCUAUCAACUCUCCCUAAUAGAGCUUUUGCUCUAUAAAAAAGAUUUGUGAUUGUCUCUAGAGGACAAGCAAAAUGUCUCAAGUACAGGCAGUAAAGACUUGGAGCACAAUACUGUGUAAUUCUCAGGAAAACUUUAAAUAAUUUAUGCCCCUACAAGUGAAGAGUACAUUUCAGAAUGAGUUCUUCUACCUGAACUAGCUUCUACCUGAACAAAGUACAAAUCAAAAGUCAUCCAACCCAUAAUCCUUUCAUUGUUCUUCUUUGACUACUCCUCUCCUCAUUAAAGUUCCUUUCUGCCCUGAAAGUCUCUACUGUCUUCC